GUGUGUGUGUGUGUGUGUGUGUGUGUGUGUGUGUGUGUGUGUGUGUGUGUGUGUGUGUGUGUGUGUGUGUGUGUGUGUGUGUGUGUCUGGAGCCGAUGUAAGAAGGUCGAUGUCAUCUGUGUGUCGUGUGUGCGCGUGUCCCAGGAUGCACCAACGUGAGGCUCCAGCUGAGCCCUUGAAGGAGAAAGGGUUUUCCUCUUCUGUGCUGCCCUUGCUCUACAAUCCAACUGACCAGCGCUCUCCCCCCAGAUCAGAGACAAUUUCCUAUUGGACGCUACCAUUUCCGAUUGGUCGGCAAUAGUACAACACAACCACCAACAAUAAUAACGGCACAGGUUCACUACAGAACAUUGUUACAACAUUGUCCCAUAGAGGGGUGGUCUCUUCGGCCAUAUUAAGGGUCAUAUUAAGAUGCACACAUGCACACACACCCCAACCUCUCAUUCGGUCACUUCCUUAUCUAGUUGUGAAAAUGUAUUUGUCCUCUUCCUUUUUUUUGUUUUCAGUUUGCACCUAUUCAGGUCAAAUGGAUUUAUUAUUACUUUACUUCUCAAAUGGAAGAAGCAUCUUCUUGUUGGACCAUGGUUAAGGUGGCUCUUGGGUCAUGAUCAGGAAUCAAACAAAACUAUUUUGGAUUGUCAGCUCAUAGGAUUGGACAAGAAAGGGUUUUAAGGUUUAAAUAUUCCCCAGCCUACCAACGGAGGGAGCCAGGAGUACGUAUGCACCAACUGGAAUAUUGGAAAGGUAUUCAUCUCUCCAUAAUUCAUACUGUGGCCAAGUGAGUUACUUCUAUCUAUAUAUCUAAGAUAUAUAUUAAAGAGGGAGGAUUGUGUCUAACAAAACAUUGAAUUAAUAUUUAUUUUUUUCCUGUUUGUUUUUGAAAUAGUUGUGAUUUCUUUGGAUUUCUUUUUGUGAUACAAUGUUCGUUAAUCUUGUCACCUGAAUGCUUCUAAGGUGCGUCAAUUCAACUCUGAUUAUUUUUUCUUUUUCUAACUGGUAUAAAGAAAAGCUUCAAAAAAAUGUUUAGCCAUACAAGAAAGUAGCCAGUGUUCAUACUCUGCAGUCGUUAUCUAAGUGGUUACUGUAAAGUAGUCAAGAUUGCAACUCUAAUGAUAUGUAUACGUCUCCUUGUAUGAUGGUAAAUUGUUUAUCAUCCCAGAUUGGGGAUUCGUUGCUACCAUGUAUCAUCUCCUUGAUUUCACACCACAGGUUUUGCAUGCUUUGUGUAUCACACCUCCAAAAUCAUACCACCUCUUGGGGGGUGUGUGUGUGUGUGUGUGUGUGUGUGUGUGUGUGUGUGUGUGUGUGUGUGUGUGUGUGUGUGUGUGUGUGUGUGUGUGUGUGUGUGUGUGUGUGUGUGUGUGUGUGUGUGCUACUUGAUCAUAGGGUUGUUAUCUGCUCUGCUCUCUGUAACCCUACAGAUGGCAUUAUUUUUUUUUUAUUUAAGGUAAAACAAAACAGGUUUCACCGACACAGGGAUGGACUUCCAUGCAUUUAACCCAUAACCAAAAGACUUGCUCCCCUUGUUGCCUUGCCAAGUUCGCUGGCCAACCGGUCCACGUGAAUGAAUGGAAGGCAAAAAGUCUUGCCCCUCACCCUGAACAACAAGUACAAAUAUUAAUUUCUGUUUCCGAAUGUCGCUUCCCGACGCUUUCGCAAAAGAUCACGAAGUACCCAUGGUUUUUCUCAUGUUCACUUAUUUUGAAGUAUGUGCCACUCAGCAAAUGUUUGUUGAGUGGAGAUGUUAAUCUAAGCCUUUGUAUGUAAAUAAUUCUAUAAAUGGAUUUAUGUGUGGGGUUUUUAAGAUGUGGAAAAUGGGUUGUGGGUGUGAGGAAUCGAUGCACUAAAGUAUUGAGGGUGAGAUGUAUGUACUUUUUUUUUUUUUUACCCCAAAUGAAAGUCCAAAACUCUUGGAAAGUGUAAAAGUCUAGAAACGGCACGUGUCAGAAAAAACUCUUAGGGGUUUUCUUUGUUUGUUGAUCCCUUAUGAGUUGUAAGAUCUUUUUGGGCAUAUAUUUAAUCUUGAUUAAACCUAUGUUCAUCUCUGCUACAUAUUGGUUGAAUGUGUCUUCAAUCGAUUUUCUCCUAUUUUCCUUAAACAUGACACAAAGUAGUCAAUGGUUUCCAUUCGUCUUGACAUCAAUCUGGAUCUUCGAUGCAUUCCAGCAGACUGCUUUUGUUUUAAUGUGCAUUUUCAAUUCAAAAGGAGGAUUAAGGAUAUUUAAUGGUAUAAUGUUGAUGUUUAACAUACUUCAUUACUGAAUACACUUCUCAGGAACCACACCUUUUGGAUUUAGAUUUUGUCUGGAGCUGGAUGUGUCAUCUCAGAUGAGUUCAUUAAUAUUGACCCAUCUUCCAGAACUUCCCUUUCGCUAGUUCGGUUCCCUAUUCAUUUUCUUAUUGCUUUUCCUUUACGUAAUUCCCCCACCACAACCCUUUUAUUUGGAGCUCACAAGUGUCACUGAAGUAAAAGCAGAGUUGUUGUAACACGAGCUCUCAUUGGCUGCACGAAUGCAUAGUUUUUUACGUUUAUUUGACAGGGACAAUGCAUAAUAUAUAAUUAAGAGAUUAUAGCCAUAAGGCUAAUUUACAUAUUUUGUCCCUGCAUAAUAAUACAAUAAUUCAUUUGUGGUGUCUGGGCUGCGGUUGCAUAUUUAGUUUGGUCCACUUCGCCCGAGCUCUUGGUAUUGCGUAAUGACCUAAGUAGCAGGGAAGCCGCUUGGAGAGCAGAAGGAUUGUGGGCGGGGGAUUUAAAUGGGACGCACUUGACUAUCAACCAAAAACAUUAUAUCUCGACCACCAGGUGCUAGCUGAGCGCUAUACUGUUGUAUAAAGACGAAAAGUUGGCAUUGCAAGAGUAUUGAUUAAAAAAAGUACUACCUUGCUCAAUGUAGAGUAUGCCGUUAGUGUAGUAUGGCAAAGUGUCGAGCAUGUCAAGUGUGCAGUAAGUAUGAGUAUGGACGAUGGUUAUGCUUCAGGCGCUCCAUAUCUUUGAUGUGGGACAGAUGGAAAUGUAAUCGGUUACGGCUGGUUCCAGUAUGGGGAACAGAUCUGUCUGGAGUUCGAGGUUCUUCACCUCAAUCUCUGAGACUACUCUGCAUUUGCAGGAGCUCCCCUGAAACCGGCCCAGUGCAGAACAGGUGCCAACCCGACACGUUGGACAUUGGUGCUGAGCGAUACAGGGUGUACACACAUUCCUCUGAUAAAAGCUGCCCUGACUCGCUGAGCCGGGCGUCAGACACCAGCGACUCGAGGCUAGUGCGCUACAACAGGAAGUUGUUAUCUUCAGCCAAACAACAUGGGAAAGCAGAGCGCCCAAACGUGACUCUGCCCUCCAUUGCACUGUACGCUCUCUCUCCCAUCAUUCAGGGACUGAUGGACGCUGCUCGGAGCAGCCUGCCCUGUCCCUCUGGACGGGACGAGCCGCCGCGAGAAGGGACAGCGGGACCGUCAGAGUCCCCCGUGCACCUGUUCACCAUGCAGGACGUCCUGUCAGACAUCCAGGGGAUGGUGGAACGGAGCCAUAUUAUCAACAGGACACCACAUAUGGAUUUAACUUGCCUGAAGUCGUGUUCUGGUGAAUCAGAGAUCCAUUUGACGCGGACCAUUUCCAGGGCUCUGGGAUGCCGGUACCAGCCAGCCCAGCUCAAUGUACCGGCCAUGCUCAAACAACUGGAGGAGGCAAAGGACUAUAGGCGCUGUGUGCAGGAGCAAGUGGCGGACAUGAAGCAUGCUAGCACAUGCAGGACGAGCCAAGACACGGAACCCUUGGGGACCGCGGAGGAGCAAUGGAGUGUGGCUCUGCUGGAUGCCGCUGCCACAGUGCAGGUCAAGGCAGCACAACUGGAACAGGUCACCCUGUAUCACAACCAGAUGGAAAACAUCAGGUCGUUCCUAAAGAGGCUCACUGGGGAAAUGGCGAAGCUGAGCUUAGAUGUUUUAGGUAGCAGCUCCGUCCAAGCCGAAAAGAUCAGUGCUCUUUUGCAAACGAUGGAGCAGAAGAAAGACAUGAUUACGGAGCUGCUCCAUUCAAGUAGUGAACUUUCACCCCAUUUGAGGGAGGCUGAAAGUUCAGGUGUUCUUCUUGCCCAACUCGGGUAUCUCCAGGAAGAAUGGAGACUUCUGGGAGGCACUUUUAAAAGAGCUCUCAGGCAUGCCUCCGUAUCCUUCUCUCAGUCGUCUCAUCUUUUGAAAAUGGCCCAGCAUCUGCAUGGCAGGGUAACAACUCUCCAGAAGACUUGCGCUGGCCUGCAAUCCUCAGAGGAAAUCCAUGGCAGCCCAUGCAGCCUGAUUCUACAACUGACCUGCCUGAAGGCCGACAUAAAAAUACACAAUCAGCAUUAUCUCCAUAUUCAAUCACAGUCAGAUACCUUAUGCCAAUUUUCUUUGGGUCGGAAGGAGAAGGAUGAGAUGGGGUGUGUUCUACAGGAGUUGCGAUGCUCACUGAAUGUCACAAAGAGGCAGCUUGAGGAUCUCAAACCUGGUAUAGGUGGGACUCCAUUACCUAAACACCUCAUGCUGUUGGAGGAUUUGGCUACAUCUGCCAAACACGCAGAAAACCAAGUCGCAAUGGGGCAAACUUUACCUCUUUUCCCUGAAGAGGCCCAAAUCCAAAUUGGGGAAAUGCGGAAACUGCGAUCCAAAACUUUAUCCAAACAAUUACAAUUGAAGUAUUUGGUCAUUGGUAUUGAUAAAAAUAACUCUGAUGUUUUGAACUCAGUAAAGAUGGUAGAAGAUCUGUAUGAAGCCUUCGAUGAAAGCUCAGCUCAUUUCCUGGAGCAUGCAGAGAAAAGCCUGCAGGAAAGGGAGGAUCUAUUCCACAAGCUUACUAGCUUUGACACCUGGCAAGCAGACAAACACAUCUCCAAAAACCCUCGCAUUCAUAUUGAGAAUGCUUCAAAAGUUGAAAUGGUAGAGUUAAAGAGACAGCUAGGUGUUCACAAAUUGGCCACAGACAAGAUUGAAAAACAAAUGGCCAAGGUAGCCAUUUUGAUAGAGAACUGUAGGAAAACUGCCAUAGAGUUGAAUCCUGCUGAGGCCAGAUAUCUUAUUAACAGGCUCUCAGGGCUCUGGACAGAAUUUGAUGGACUGGUGGCUCAUGAGCGUGUAAGUAGCUGGGAGUUAGAAGAGCUUAUUCACGAGCGUACCUCUUCUAAUGAGGAACUAGCAAGCAUUCAAGCUAGCCUAAAGAAGAUAUCUGCAGAUCUUGAUGGCCAAAGCUUCCCUUUGACGGCAGAAGCCAUCUCUGCAGCUGAGCGGAUGACACAUAUGCUAAUGGAGCAUCAGUUCCAAGUGCAGGAACUUCAGCACUGCCACGAGGCGAAGCGAAGCUCAAUGAUGUGUGACAUUGGUGAGCUUCAAGACAGAUGUAAAACUCUAACUGUCCAUGCCAUGGAGCAGGAAAAGUAUUUUCACCUCCUGAAAGAAAUGGACAAAUCCCGGCACAUUGCUGAAGGUCAAAUCCAGUGUUCAUUCACCCAAGCUGCAAGCUUGGGUGAAAGAUUUAGACUUUGCCAAACUCUUUUAGUUGAACUUCCCCUAGUGAAGACACAGUGCCAAGAGGCGGCUGACCAAUUGGAAGUCAUAGCUCAAAACCUGAACGCUUCAGAGCUCCAAUCAGAGAGGCAGAGGAUUCUGCACACAGUGGAAUCCCUGGUGGCCUGGGAGCACGCUGUGACGGAGAACGUCCAUAACUUGGAGGGCAAGCUUCUGGAAGAUCUCCGUCUCUGCACCGAGCUUCCCAAUAUGACAGACCAUGUCCGAAGAACCAAACAGGAGCUAUUGGAGGUUGAACCAGUGAACCCAGAGGAGAAGGCCAUUGAUGCUGCAUUACAAAGGUUUUGGGUUAUUCUGAGAAACCUGGAGUCUUGGAUGCGGGUGGUCGAAGCUUUGGGGCGGAAAGAAAAGUGUAACCUCAGGACCCUUGAAGAACUGAAAUCCCUAACAGAUGCAUGUAUGCAUGACUGCCAUUCAAAGAUGGAGGACUUGGCCCAUGCUCGAGAGGCCCUUAAGGACUACCACUGGGCUGCUCAGGGGGCCCUAUCCUUCCUCCACAACGCUGAAGCUACCUUCUUGUCAGCGCCUGGUGGGUUUUUGGACUGUGCCGAGGAACAAAAAGAGACCCAGGAGGCUCUCGCCUCACUCAAGGAUGUCCUGCAGGCUCACAUUAGCCAUCUAGUGGAACUGGUGCCCAAACACCCCUGUCUCUCAAGCCAGAAGACAGAGCAGCUCCAUAUUGGGGUUCUGAGCCACCUGUUGGUGGGCAGAGCCAUACUCGAGGCACAAGCACAGCUCAGACUGGAGGCCCUGGAGAGGUGUGCAAGAACACAACAGAGUCACUGGAUGUGUCACAAACAAUUACGACAGCUUCUGUCCAGCUUUGAGGCAAGUCUGUCUGAGUGUUGCGCCGAGCGAGUGACCUCCUACGUCCAGUGUGAUGCCCAGCAAAACAGAGCUAAGUCCCUGAUGGGGGAGCUGCACAGCCUGGCUGGGCAGCUAGAGGACCUGCGGGCCGGCUGUCCCAUGCAGGGCUGCAGGGCGGGCAAGGAGGGGGAGCUGAGCGCCCUCUGGAGACACUGGGCACUGCUGUGUCGGGGGGUGGGCCUCCUGCUGGCCCACUCGGAGCAGAGGAGAGCCGAGUGGGGGGACAUCAACACCAGCAUGGAGCAAUGCUGUAGCUCCCUGGCGAGGCAUCAGGCAGAGCUUCCUGAUUCCUCCUCCACUGGGGCCCCCACUGGGGCCCCCACUGGGGCCCCUGCCGCUCAGCCGCACGCCAACGAGUCAUUAUCCCAGGCAAAGAUGCACCCGGCUGGCUUGGAGCAGGGGCAGCGGUCCUUCACCUCCCUGGAGCACCGUCUACAGCAUGCCCUCAGCCUUUCUGGGCCACAGGACCCAGGCAGCUCCGGGCCCUUGGGCCAACAACUGGAGGAGGUCCAGGGGAGUGUGAGAAGCUUGACAGAACCAAACAUGCUGGUGGUGCGAGCAGCCCUCGCUGAAGAGCAGGUGAUGCGGCGGUCCCAGGAGGAGAUACGGGAGGUGGAGGAACGGGUGGAGGCAUUGCUCCUCCCUCUGGAAUCCUGUUUCAACCUGCAGCAGGGAGAGAUGGGACACGUAAAGGACGCCAGGAAGGUCUUAGCUUUGCAGAGGGCUAAACUCUGCAGGGUCGGUGAGGAGCUGGGCAGCAGGUACCCAGAGGUGCCUGCAGACAUUGGCCGACGGCUCGGUGAAGCCCAGCACGCCGUUCGGACAGCGGAGGAGAAGCUCUUGGAGAGGAGCGACCCGUUCCAUAAGCUGAGCAGCAGUGCGCUGGAGGUCAGCGUCGCCCUAGAGGCGCUGAAGACGCUGCUGGACACCAGAAGUCCUUCCUUCCCCGAAGCUCAAGACAAGCUCAAGCACGUGUGGGACGAGCUGGACGCGUGGCACAGCCGGCUGGGGGUCCUGGAGAGCGAGGCCCAGGACCUGGCAGAGGAGCGCCCCCAGCAGGGCCACCUCCUCAUGGACCGGCUCAGCGGGCCCCUGCAGCUCUACCAGGACACGGCCCAGCUGGCCGAGCAGCGCACCGCCUUCCUGGCCCGGAUUCCGGCCUUCCUUCAGGAGUUUGAGGACAUCCUGCACAGCGCCACCUGUUGGCUCGGGGACGCUCAGUCGUGGAUCAGUGCUCCCUGUACUUACUCUACAGCCAGGAGCCUCCACAGCCAUGCCAAGUCCCUCCAGCUGGUCCUUGAAGACUCGGAGAGGACCAGAGCCACCCUUGGGAGCUUGGGGCUGCUGUUCCAGGUGAUGUCUGCGGUCUGGGACACCAGAGCGCUGGAGCAGAGGCUGGCCUGGACAGAGCGCCAGGUGGAGGGCAUGCAGCACAAUGUCUACGAGCCCAUGGAGCAGCUCCUGCACAUUGCCACAGAAAUUGAUGCCUUGGAAUUAGAGGUGAAGACUAUGGAAAAGAAUGUGACGAAGAUCAGAUCCAUUUUAACCACCAUGAGCAGCAGGAACAUCUCAGAGGCAGAGUGCCUCGAAAGCCGACAGGUGAUCCUGGACAACCUACAGUCCAUGCAGGGGACCCUGGAGGAGAUUGAGCAGUGCAAGGGCGCGCUGCAGCUCCCAGCAGGGGCGCUGGACACGCUCACCGUCUUCCCCAGGGCACAGCUGCUGCUGCAGUCCCUCCAGGAGCUGCAGGAGUGGACCCAGCGGCAGGGCACACUGCAGGAGGACCCUGUUGAGGUACUCAGCUCUGAGGAAGAGGAGGGUGAGGGCGUGGAGCAGCGGUACCACUCGUCCUCCUCUGAAACCCUCACAUGCAGUCUCCCAGAGGACCCCGAAGAGAGCUUUAUUCAACUACAGGAUAUGGAGACAGAUGCAGACACUGCCCGAUGCCUUGGAGACGCUAAGGAUAUUCCUGGAACUCAACCACUCCAAGACGAGCCGGCUCCUUGGAGUGUGGCCUGGCAGCCUUGGCCUGAAGCAGAGCCGAUCUUAACCACCACCAUGCGGGACGGGUCCUGGCCUGCGAUGGUUGGUGCUGAUAGAGCAGCGUCAGGGGAAGAAACUGGAUUACCGCUGGCUAUUGAACCCAGGCUUGUGUCCAACACAGAGACCAGUCUUGCUGCUAUGUCGAACCCCGCCAUGGUGUCAGAUGAGCACAGACACUCGCAGUACAUCGAUGAGACGUGUCAACGCGUAGAUCCACAGCCGUCUUUGGCAGUUGAUGCACCAGGGUUUCUUGCCGCAAGAACUCCAAAUGCCUUCACAGCCAGAGGACCAUCCGCGAACGCAUCACGGAACAGGCCCGAACGUCUCACUGGAUCGUUGACCUCUCACCAAGACUUGGUGACCCAGGAUGAGGUUAUUGAUCCCAGAGCAGACAUUAAGGCCAGGGCCACUCUGGGCAGUGUGGUGGAUGUAGAAGAUAUCGCAAAGACACAAACCCAUGAUGCAAUGCAGGACCAUAAACCAGGGAUGUCCAAUGAUGACGAAGAAGAAGCACAACGAGAAGAAGAAGACGAGCAAAAGCGAAACACUGUCUCUGCCGAGAUCUCUCACAACCUCACAGCUGUGAUCCGCAGCAGAAACAGAGAGGAUGUGGAACAGGUUGAGGAGAGGCGAGAGGAGACAGGUGUGCCACAGGAAUCCCAGGAGGCUACAAUUAUGCUUCAGGAAUUUAUCUGUACAAUGGAAAGAGAGAUUGGUAUGAGGCACACAGACAGCUUGCUUUGGUUGGUGGAGGACUUUGAUAUUGGACGGAGUGAACCACACCCCACUCUGAAGUCUGUGCCUAGUUUGGAGUGGCUCGAGGGGACCUCCGAAAUGGCCCCUGAGGAACAGUCUGAGCUACGGCGGAUUUCCAGCUCGUUCCUGCACAGAUUAACAUGCUUAUUAGACCUGGGAGACGGACGCACGAGAGCAUGGCAGACUGGCCACGGACAAAGUCUGCAUCUCCCCUCCAGAAGCAAAUUCUUGCGGGUUCUGGGGACCCAGUUGGCCGUGGCGCAGCAUGUGUUCCAGCGAGAGCCACAGGCCCUGGAGGGUACUGAGGAGGAGGCUGUCUGGGCCCAGCUGGAGCUCAGGGCCAGAGCGGUGCUGCAACACGCGCUGGAUCAGGAAGUCACAUCGCAAAGCACACUUCAGGCCAGCAGCGAGUGGGAGGGGGGGCGUGGCCGGAUGGGCGCGCUGCUGGAGGAGUUGGACGGCGUGGCGAGCGCGGGACCGCCGGAGGGGGAGGACGACUCGGAGCUGUACUCUGUGGAGCAUGUGCGGACACGACUCGAAGCCUGCCAGGACGUGCUAGUCCAGCUGGAGCAGAGCAGGGCGGCCUUGGGCUGUCUGCUAGACCAGAGACAGCUAUUGGUGCUUCCGCCGCCAACCGACGCAGAAGGCAGUACCUCAGUCGGCCCAACAGGGGGAGCUCUGGAGCUGCAGUGGCGGAGCAUCCACAGGCGGACAGAGCAGGAGAUCAGGCGUUGCCAGGAGAUUCAGCGGAGCUGGGGCAGACUGCAGAGCGAGAGCCAUUCUCUGGGGGAGUGGCUGGCGGGGGUCCGAGGGCCACUGGAGACGUGGUGUGGGCUGGCGGACAGCGCUGCAGGGGGGAAGGAGAGCAACGUUCACAGCCACCUCACCCAGCUCCUGGAUUUCUCCAUGGAGGUGGAGGCCAGGGCGGCUCAGAAGGCAUCUAUAGCCAGGGAAGGAGCUCUCCUCCUGGGCUUGAGGGAGGCAGACAGUCCCUGGCUGCGUGGUCUGCUCGGUGCGCUGGAAAUCACCUGGAGCCAGCAUACAUCUGACCUGGCCAAGGCCCAGGAACGGCUGCAGCAGCUGGUCGUGGUUGUCUGGCCCCCGUCUGAGCUGCUCUCUGACCUGCGGGGCUGGGUGGAGAAGGUGGAGAACAGGCUUGGGGAGGAAAGGGUGAAAGCCUUCCAGGCCACAGAUGCCUCCCAGCUGGCCGACACCCUACAGCACCUCCAGGAGCUGAAUGUGGGCGUGAGCUGUGGUCAGGUGCUGCUGGACUUCCUGUGGCAGUCUGGGCCGCCAAAAGCAGAUCCGGCAGACAUCUGCGUGUUCAGUUGGGAACGCACUCUCUUCACCGAGACGAUCGGCGAACUCAGCUCGAGCUGGGCGUGCCUACAGGGGGAGCUAAUGAGUCAGAUCCGCUUGGUGGGAGAUAUGCAUCACAUGUGCGCCCACAGAGAAAUGCGAUUGGGGCGUAUUGGUGACUGGCUCGCACGUCAAGCUGCCGAGUUGGAGCGGUGGGAUCGCCCCGCCAGUCAAACCGAGGCUCGCAAGGCCCUGCUCGAGUGCCAGGCCAUUGAGGGGAGAGAAAAGGAGGUGAGGGCAACAGUGCAGGAGCUGCAGGAGCUGCAGGAGCUGCGUGCUUGUGAGCCGGAGGACCCCCAGCAGGAGCAAGAGACACAGCAGCGGCAGGAGAAUCCCAGGGACAGUGCGUUUGCUUCGCGGGUAGAGGGCGCCACUCAAGCCUGCAUGGCGCUGACCCAGAAGGCGGAGGCUCUUCGACCAGCUCUAGAACGCAUCCUGGUUGAGUGGAGUCAAUUGGAGACAGAUUUGAGCGAAGUCUCCCUCUACACCACCAGGCUGCGCUGUGUCCUGCAGCAGCUGCUGCACACACCUGCAUUCUCACCCAAGCAAGUCCAGAAGCAGUUGGAGGAGCUUAAGCAAAUGCAGGAGGGUGCUGGGAAAGGGGUCAAGCUGUGUGCAGCAGUGGACCAAUCAUAUCAGGCUCUGGAAGGAAAAGUCAAUGACGUCACAGCCAGGUUACUCAAAGAGCGGAUUGAAGGAGAGCAAAGAAGGUGGGAGGAGGCGAGGCUGGAGGUGGUGGCGGCCGUCCGGGGGACUGACCAGACGCUGGCCCUGUGGCAGGGCUACGUGCAGCAGCGCGACAGCUGCACUCUGGCUCUGCAGCAGGCGCGGCUCCAGUGGGAGGAGCCACGGAUGGCCCCUCCCGCCCCACAUCAGGUUGCACACACCAGUGGGGGCUCCACCGAGGACUUCAUUGAGGACUCGCAGCGCAGCGGAGGGGAUGUGGCGGCGGCCGCUCGGCCUUUGAUCGCACUACUAGAACCCCUGGCAGCCAAUCAGAUACAGGCUGAGGUUGCAGUGUUGUCAGGUGACAUCCUGCUCAUGGUCCAAGCAGUAUCCAGAGAGGAGGCCCGCAGGCAGGAGGAUUUGGAGCUCCACCAGAGAUUUUGUCGGGGUUUGGAAGCGGUCGAGCUGCAGACACAGGAACUGGCGAACGGGCCGACCCCAGGAGCACGUCACCUGGAGUCUGCUCAGAAGACCGUGCAGGAUCUCAGCGGCCUGUGCCUGCCCCUCAUGGAGCUGAGUGAGCUGAGUGGCCGUGGUCAGACGGGCCGUGGCGAAGGGGAGCGACUGGGAGUGCUCUGGAGACAAUGGGCCGAGGGCCUGACUCACGCGGCUGACGUAUACCAGGAGAUGACCCUAGCAUCCUGUAGUUCACAGAGCUUUCAGCAGAAGUCUGAUAGGUUAGCGAUCAUCCAGGGAGCAGUCAAGGAAGCCUUGGGGACCAGAGACACUGGAAGAUCCUCCAGCCUUCUGAAGAGGCUGGCUACACAUCAGAGGCUUGGCGUUGAACUGGUAACUGGCCAGUGGCUCCUGGGGGCCCUUUUCAGGGACUCUGUCGGCCUCCAGACAAACACCACAGAAGAAGAAAGGGCGGAGCUCCUGACCAGCCUGGGCCAGCUGAUUGAGGGCUGGCAGCGUGGCUGUGUGGCCGGGGCUGCAGAGCGCAGGGCCCGGCUGGGGGAGGAGCUCUCCCUCUGGAGGGGCUACCAGCAGCGGUCCAGGCUGCUCUGGAGGGUCCUGAGGUCCCCCCGGCCCGACCCCCAGCCCGACCCCGGCGGGGGGGCGCCCUGCACGCUGCGGCGGCUACGGCGCGCCCACGACGGCUACAAGCGGCUGGAGGAAACCAUGGCCACACACGGCCCUGUUUACGGGCAGACCCUCGAGGUGGGGAGAAGGCUGUGUGCGUCCACAACAACAUCAACAGAGCCUGCUGAUCACGGACAACUAUUCCAAGAGCUCCGGUGUCUGGAGGAGGCGUGGGAGCAGACCAGCACCCUGCUGGGAAGGAGAACGGCCCUGGUUAACACUGUGCUUCAGGAAUGGUCGCUGUUUGGGGACAAGUUGGUCGUCUGUGGGCGUCAGCUUGAUGACCUGAAGCUGAGCCUGGAGCAGCCAAUGGGGAGCGAGGAUCCUGAGGUGGUAGAGAGGCUACUCAGGGAGAGCGAGGUGUCUCUGGGGCGCGCGUGCACGGCCCUGACGGAGCUGGACGGAGCCAAGACGGAGCUGUGGCGCUGCGUGGCGGCCGGCGACACGGCGCUGCUGGAGGGACAGCUGCAGCUGCUGCACCUGCAGUGGGAGGAACUCUGCACCAAGGUGUCGUCGCGCAGGCAGGAGAUCACGGACCGCCUGGACGCCUGGACCCUCUUCAACGACAAGAACAAGGAGCUGUGUGACUGGCUGACGGGCAUGGAGGGCAAGGUGCUCCACCACGACGGGGAGGUGGGCAUCCAGGAGAUGGUGGAGAAGCUCAAGAAGGACUGCAUGGAGGAGAUGAACUUGUUCAGCGAGAACAAGAAGCACCUGCAGCAGCUGGGCGAGACACUGCUGCAGGCCAGCGGGCAGGCCCGGCACGGCACGGUCCACGGCAGUCUGCAGGAGGUCAACCAGCGCUGGCACAAGCUCUUCCACAGCAUCCAGACCAGGGUGAGGAAGCUGAAGGAGACACUGACGACGGUGCAGCAGCUGGAUAAGAACAUGAGCAGCCUGCGCUCCUGGCUGUCCCGCGUGGAGGCCCAGCUGUACCGGCCCGUCUCCUACAGCGUCUGCCACCACCAGGAGGUCCAGCACCGGCUCGCCGAGAACCAGGAGCUCCAGCGGGACAUCGAGCAGCACAUGGAGGGCGUGGCGUCGGUGCUCAGCCUGUGUGACGUGCUGCAGGGGGACGAGGACGCCGAGGGCGAGGGGGACUCCCUGCUGGAGACCAGCCGCAGCCUGGACCAGCGCUGGAGGGCCAUCUGCGCCCUGGCCCUGGACCGCAGGCUCAGGAUCGAGGAGACAUGGAGGCUGUGGGGUAAAUUCCUUGAUGACUACGCGCGCUUUGAAGAUUGGCUCAAGAUGGCGGAGCGCACGGCCGCCAAGCCCAACUCCACCGACGUCCUGUACACGGUCGCCAAGCAGGAGCUCAAGAAGUUUGAGAGCUUCCAGAGGCAGGUGAACGAGCGGCUGACCCAGCUGGAGCUGGUCAACAGCCAGUACCGCCGGCUGGCCAGGGAGAACCGCACCGACCGGGCCAGCCAGCUCAGGGCCAUGGUGCACCAGGGCAACCAGCGCUGGGACAGCCUGCACCGCAGAGUGGCCGCCAUCCUGCGCCGGCUCAAGCACUUCACGGGCCAGCGGGAGGACUUUGAGAGCACCAGGGAGAGCAUGCUGGUGUGGCUGACGGAGCUGGACCUGCAGCUCACCAACGUGGAGCACUUCUCCCAGAGCGACGUCCGCCACAAGAUAGAGCAGCUCAACGGCUUCCAGAAGGAGAUCACCCUGAACACGGAGCGCAUCGACGGCCUCAUCGUGUUCGGCGAGGGCCUGAUCCAGAAGAGCUCCCCCAUGGACGCGGCCGUCAUCGAGGAGGAGCUGGAGGAGCUGCACGCGUACUGCCAGGAGGUGUUCAGCAGGCUGGUCCGCUUCCACCAGCGCCUCAGCACCACCCCGGCGGAGGAGCCGGAGCCCUUCUACAACAGCGUGACGCUGGAGGAGAGCCUGGAGCUGAUAGGCCGGCCGUGGCUGGGGCGAGGCAGCCUGCCGGCCACGCCCACUCACCUGCUGAGCUCGCCGAUGGAGCGCUCGGGCUGCGGCACCCCGGUCAGCGUGGACUCCCUGCCGCUGGAGUGGGACCACACGGGGGACGUCGGGGGGUCCUCCACUCAGGAGGAGGACGAGGAGGAGGAAGAGCUGGAGGAGGGGGACGACGAGGACGAGGAGGGGAUGUACUUCAGCGUGCUUUCAGACUUGGAGAGGAGUGAAAGCGAGGAGGAGUAUGUGGACGUGGCCGGAGAAUGGCCCCUAGAAGGCCCCCUAUCGGCUCCCAACAGGUCCAUGCGGGUGGAGGCCCAGUCUCCACGCUGGCAGACCGCCGACGACGUGGACACCUUGGACACCUCUGAGCGGCCACCAGCGCUGCUCACCAGCACGCCGCAGAAACACAGCUAUCUGCGGCUGCUGUCAGAGUGCAGUGGGAGUUCUGAGGACAUUAAGAGGGUCUCUCUGGUCCGGGAUGGCGAGGAGCAGCUGGAGACCCCGCCGCAAGCAGGGCUUACCUCCACAGACACACAGCCAGUGGGGAUGGAGUCCUGGGUGGACGUGCCCGCGGUUCAGUCCAGGAUCCACCCGCCGCGGCCGGCUCCACAGGAACCCAGGACCCACAUGACCUCUGACCUGGUGGAGGAGGUGACCUCCUGGCUGGCACUGGUGGGGCCGGAGCUGGAGCUGAUCCAGCGCCGCGACCCCGCCACCAGCAUCCCGGACCUGGAGGCGCGGGUCAAACGCCUCAAGGAGAUGCAGCGCGAGUUUGCUGGCUACCAGUCCGUGGUUGGUGAUGCCGGAGGGCUGCUGCGGGCUGGAGCUGCUCUGGAUGGGGGGGAGACGGAGGGGAGCCCACUGGGGGAGCUGAACCGGGGCUGGGGCCAGGCGUGCACUGGCCUCCAGGACUGGGAGCACAGUCUCAGGACCAAUCUCCUGCACUGUCAGGAGUUCAACGGAGCCCUCCACUCCUUGCUGCUGUGGUUGGCCCAGGCAGAGAGCAAAUGCCACGCUGUGGACAUCAGCCAAUCACACGCCCCGCUCCGCAGCCUUCGGCAGCAUCGCUGCACGCUCAGCGGCCUCCAGGCUGAUCUGAGGAGCCGGCAGUCGGAGCAGCGCUCCCUGCAGGUGCUGUGGUCUCAGCUGCAGCCUCGUCACGGCCCCACCGCCGAGGGAACGGAGGCCCAGGAGAAGCUGCACGUCACGGCCAGCAAGCUCCGGUCGCUCCUGAGGCACGUGGAGUGCGACCUGAGCCGCCUGGACCAGCGUAUGGACUGUGAGUCUGCGUUGUCCUCUUCAGCUGAAGGAGGAGGAGGAGGAGGAGGAGGAGGAGGAGGAAGGGGCCAGAUUGCAUUUGUUGCUUCUCCACAGGAGCGGGAACACUCAAGGAAGCACUCCUCUAAAAGGCAGAGGACGGGCGGAGCCCCCCCUUCCCCACCUCCUCCCCGUCGCUCCUUCCUCUGCCGGGUGCUGCGCGUGGCCCUCCCCCUGCACCUCCUCCUCCUCUUGCUGCUGCUGGGGCUGUGCUGCCUGCUGCCCCGGCCUGCCAGCGACCCCGGCUGCUCCCUCACCAACAGCCUCGCCCGCUCCUUCUACCCCAUGCUGCGCUACACCAACGGACCCCCGCCCACAUGA